AUGGCGAGAGACAUCAGCAAAUUAUUAACGGGCACUCCGAUCCCGGAAGUCCCGGAACGGGUGGACAAAGAGGCCUCAAUGGACCUGUCAGACAAAGAGGCCAGUCCACCCCAAGCAAGGCUUACCAAACCUACUCCAUCAGGCUCUAGUGCACCCAGAGAAGCGCUAGCCUCAAUAUCCUCCGCGAAACAAGACAUAGCAGAUCUAUAUGAUUGUAUACGCACGCUGUUUGAUUCGGACAUAGCGCUGGUAAAGGAAGAGGUACAUGCAGUCACGGAGAGGGUACGAGUCAUAGAAGAGGAAGUGGCGGGCCUCAAGCAGGGCCUCAUCGCCUUGGAGAAGAAAGUACAUGCACUGCAGUCCUUGAAAGCUACCACUAAUCACAAGGUAGACGCCAUGGAUGACCGAGGCCGCAGAAAGAACCCAAAGAUCAGAGGGGUCUCGGUCUUAGUUUAA